AUGUUUUUGAAUUGUCGUAUACAAUCAAGUUAUGUACCAUGUACAUUAAAUCAUAAUGCUUCUUCGUCUCCUAGGCGUUAUUUACUUUUACCUUGUUAUCCAAAUUCAAAUGAUGAGACAAGAAUUGAUCUCUUAUUAACCAAUAUUCCAAUAUAUCAAUUAAAUCAACAAGAAUUAAAACAAAGAUCAAUCGAUGGAUUUCAUCAGCCAACAUCAGUUAAACCGAUCAAUGAUCACGAACGAAGACUCUUCACUUUGAGUCUUUUAUGGAAUGUGCAUAAAGAAAUUCUUGAAUUCAAUUUUAAACGACUCAUGUAUUUAAUCAAUCAGUUUGCAGCGAAUCGAGUACAUCGUUUUUCUACUCAUUCAAAUCAAGAAUAUCUUCAUGAAGAUGAAUAUACUAUUGCACUGGAAUUUUACCUUCAAAUUGAUAUUGAUCUCUUUUAUAUGAAAACAUGUUCCUAUCGAGGAGCUCAACCUGAUAUCGAUGUACCAAAAGGUCUCUUCUAUAUUCACGAAUCACAAGCUCAAUAUAGUAUCAUAGCAUGCCAACAGCGUUCAUGUUGUUUAUGUUAUCCAUCGUAUAGAUUAACAUAUCGUUCAUAUCAGCCUAUCAUUCAAUUUAGACCCAAUCGACGGCAUUCUUUCAUCAAUGGCUAUCGAUCGAUUCUUAAUUGUCCGGUAACAUGUACAACAAAAAAUAUUAUUUAUGUUCUGACUUGUCCAUGUAAUAAAUUUGAUUAUAUUGGUGAAACAAGUGUAUCAUUAGCUAAUCUUCUGUCUUGUAAAUAG